AUGGGGAGGGCGCCCCGCGGCAGCCGCGCCCCGCUCCUCGACCACGGGGAGACGGCGAGGGUUCCCUCGGACCUCGAGGAGGGCAGCAACGUCCAGGCGGCGAAUGUGGGGUUCUGCCGGGUCAUCAAACUGGCAAAGCCCGACGCGUGGAAGCUCAUCUUUGCCACCACCGCGCUCAUCAUCGCCUCCCUCAGUAACCUCCUCGUUCCCAAAUAUGGCGGCAAGAUAAUCGAUAUUGUGUCAAGAGAUGUUCGGCUGCCAGAAGAUAGGGCUCAAGCCCUGGCGGAUGUGAAUGGCACCAUAUUGUACAUUGUGCUAAUAGUUGUAACCGGGUCAGCUUGCACAGCUCUUCGGGCAUGGGUGUUCAAUUCUGCUAGCGAGAGAGUUGUGGCUCGACUCAGACAUGACUUGUUCAGUCAUCUCAUAAACCAGGAGAUAGCAUUUUUUGAUGUGACCAGAACAGGGGAGCUCUUAAGCAGGCUUUCUGAAGACACCCAAAUCAUAAAGAAUGCCGCUACGACAAACCUUUCGGAAGCGCUGCGCAAUCUGACUACCACGGCUAUUGGUCUUGGCUUCAUGUUCUCAACUUCAUGGAAGCUAACAUUGUUGUCACUUGCAAUUGUUCCGGUGAUAUCAGCUGUCGUGCGUAAAUUCGGGCGUUUUCUUCGUGAGCUUUCACAUCAGACACAAGCUGCAGCUGCUGUUGCUUCAUCCAUAGCUGAGGAAUCCUUUGGUGCCAUCCGCACGGUAAGAGCCUUUGCUCAGGAGCCUCAUGAGAUUUCACGAUAUAGCGGAAAAAAAGUUGUUGGCCUAUUUUCCGGAGGGCUUAAUGCUGCAUCAACCCUGUCGGUUGUUAUUGUUGUUAUUUAUGGAGCUAAAUUAACCAUCAAUGGUUACAUGACAACUGGUGCUCUUACGUCAUUCAUCUUAUACAGCCUUACAGUUGGUUCGUCAGUCUCUGCCUUGUCAGGAUUAUACACAACUGUAAUGAAAGCAUCAGGUUCAAGCCGUAGAGUUUUUCAACUUCUUGACCGUAUUUCCUCGAUGAAAAACUCUGGGGACAAAUGUCCAAAAAAUGAAAAUGAUGGGGAGGUUGAGUUAGACGAUGUCUGGUUUGCAUAUCCUUCUCGUCGUUCUCAUCUGAUUCUUAAGGGAAUCACAUUGAAGCUAGCACCAGGCUCAAAGGUUGCACUUGUUGGGCCAAGUGGUGGUGGAAAAGUGAGCAUAGUUAGCCAGGAGCCUACACUCUUCAACCGCUCCAUUGAAGAGAACAUUGCAUAUGGAUUGGAGGGCAAAGCGAGCUCCGCCGACGUCGAGAACGCAGCUAAAAUGGCGAACGCGCAUGACUUCAUAUGCGGCUUCCCGGACCAGUACAAGACGAUAGUCGGAGAGCGCGGCAUCAGGCUAUCCGGCGGGCAGAAGCAGCGGGUCGCCAUCGCGAGAGCUCUGCUGAUGAACCCGCGGGUGCUCCUCCUGGACGAAGCCACCAGCGCCCUGGACGCCGAGAGCGAGCACCUUGUCCAGGAUGCAAUGGACUCGUUGAUGAGAGGGAGGACGGUUCUCGUGAUAGCUCACCGGCUCUCCACCGUGAAGACCGCCGACACCGUCGCCGUCAUCUCCGAGGGGCAGAUCGUGGAGAGCGGCACGCACGACGAGCUCCUCGGCCGCGACGGCAUCUACACGGCCCUGGUGAAGAGGCAGCUGCAGUUGCCCAAGUUUGAAGGGACCGCCAACGGGACAGACGAAGUUGAACCUGUUGAUGGCCACUAG